AUGGUAAAAAUUACCGUUAUCAGCUACUAUAGGCGCUUUAUUGAAGGAUUCUCUAAGAUAGUAGCUCCGUUAACUGAGCUGACCAGAAAAGAUCACCCGUUCGCGUGGACCGAUCGGUGUGAAGCUAGUUUCCAAGAACUAAAGCAGAAAUUGACGAGCGCUCCAGUCUGGGUUAUUCCUGACACGGCCAAACCGUUCGAAGUCUGCUGCGAUGCUUCUCAUCAAGGUUUGGGCUGUGUGCUUAUGCAAGAGAAGAGAGCAGUCGCGUACGCUUCUCGACAACUGAAGAUCCACGAGAAGAAUUAUCCUACGCACGACCUGGAGUUGGCAGCUGUAGUAUUUGCAUUGAAGAUUUGGAGGCACUAUUUAGAGAAGCAAUCGGCGGAUGAAGACCUUCGAAUAUCCAGUAACGUCUUUGACCGAAUCAGAGAGAAGCAAUCGGCGGAUGAAUACCUGAUGAAGAUUUUGAGCGCACUCGGCUCAGACAAAGCAAAGUACUUCAAUACCGGAACGGAUGGUCUCCUUCAAUAUAGAGACAGGAUGUGCGUUCCAAACGAUGGCGAGCUGAAGAGGAUCAUUCUUGAGGAAGGGUAUCAAAGUCGCCUUAGCAUGCACCCUGGCAUGACUAAGAUGUAUCAAGACCUCAGAAAAUCUUUCUGGUGGCUAGGAAUGAAGAGUGAUGUCGCUUGUUUUGUAGCAUCCUGUUUGACUUGUCAACGAGCAAAGGCUGAGCAUCAGAGACCGGGCGGUCUACUACAACAGUUGGAGAUUCCUGAAUGGAAGUGGGACAGCAUUUCGAUGGAUUUCGUGACCCACUUGCCUCAUACGGUCAAGAAUCACGACUCAAUCUGGGUGAUAGUGGAUCGGCUGACGAAGAGCGCACACUUCUUAGCUGUCAACUUGAAGAUGUCCAUGACGAAGCUUGCACAACUCUACAUCAACAAGAUUGAAGGAGAGAAGGUGUUGACUGGACCUGAACUUAUUCAGCAGACAACCGAGAAGGUGAAAUUGAUUCAAGACAGAUUGAAGACGACGAGGAGCAGACAGAAGUCCUACGCUGACAAGAGAAGAAGGCCUUUGGAGUUCGCUGCAGGAGACCAUGUCUUUCUUAGACUGAACCCAACUACUAGAGUAGGCAGAGUCGUUCGUCCCAAGAAGUUGUCUCCCAAGUUCGUUGGACCUUACCAAAUCUUAAGGAGAAUUGGACCAGUUGCGUACGAGUUUUCCUUGCCUCCUCAACUGUCCAAUCUUCAUCCAGUCUUCCACGUUUCUCAACUUCGGAAGUACAUAGCCGACCCUUCUCAUGUACUGGAGUUAGAGGACGUUCAUUUUUGUCAAGACCGCACGCUGGAGAUGCAACCAGUCCGGGUUGAAGACAGCCGCACCAAGUACUACAAGAGGAAAGCCAUCAGAUUGGUGAGAGUGGUGUGGGACGAGAAGACUAGCGACUCUACAUGGGAAGUGGAGGAUGCCAUGAGAGACAUGUAUCCUCAUCUGUUUUCGGUUAAGUCUUAA